UCAAAGAAUGUGCAGGCUUUUGAAAUUUAGAAAAUAUAAUUUGAUCAGCAUUUUUAUUCCUGUAAAACAGUCUUAUAACUAAUGAUAAUGAAUGGGAUAAAAUAGUCAUAAUUCAUUGAAACUAUGAGUGCUAUGUUUUCUAUUGUUACUUGUUUGUUUGUUUGUUUUUAGUUGAAGGUGGACACAAUACAUUUAUUUAUUUAUUUAUUUUUAUGUGAUGCUGAGGAUCGAACCCAGCACCUUGCAUGUGCCAAAAUCCUAUUCUAAGAACACGGGUACUCAGGUGUCCACCAUGGUACUAGGUCCUGAACAGACGAUGCCAGAUGACAGUGCUUCUGGAGACCAUGGGGACUCUGCCAGUCUUGGUGCCAUCAAUGCUGCCUAUAGUAACUCCUCACUUCCACAGUCUACUGGGCAGUCGGAGGAGCCAUUCACCACCUACUUUGAUGAGAAGAUUGCCAUUCCUGAGGAGGAGUAUUCUUGUUUUAGCUUUCGUAAACUCUGGGCAUUCACGGGACCUGGCUUUCUUAUGAGUAUUGCCUAUCUGGAUCCAGGAAAUAUUGAAUCCGAUUUGCAGUCUGGAGCAGUGGCUGGAUUUAAGCUGCUCUGGGUCCUUCUGUUGGCCACCAUAGUGGGUCUGCUGCUUCAGCGCCUUGCAGCUAGACUGGGAGUGGUAACUGGGCUACAUCUUGCUGAAGUGUGUCACCGUCAGUAUCCCAAGGUCCCACGGAUCAUCCUGUGGCUGAUGGUGGAGUUGGCAAUCAUUGGCUCAGAUAUGCAAGAAGUCAUUGGCUCAGCCAUUGCCAUCAAUCUCCUGUCUGUGGGAAGGGUUCCCCUGUGGGGUGGAGUUCUCAUCACCAUCGCAGAUACUUUUGUUUUUCUCUUUUUGGACAAAUAUGGCUUGCGGAAGCUAGAAGCAUUUUUUGGCUUUCUCAUCACAGUUAUGGCCCUCACAUUUGGAUAUGAGUAUAUUACAGUGAAACCCAGCCAGAGCCAGGUUCUCAAGGGCAUGUUCGUGCCAUCUUGUUCUGGCUGUAAGACCCCGCAGAUUGAACAGGCUGUGGGCAUCGUGGGAGCUGUCAUUAUGCCACACAACAUGUACCUACAUUCUGCCUUAGUCAAGUCUAGACAGGUAAACCGCGCCAAUAAGCAGGAAGUCCGAGAAGCCAACAAGUACUUUUUCAUUGAAUCCUGCAUUGCCCUCUUUGUUUCCUUCAUCAUCAACGUCUUUGUCGUCUCAGUCUUUGCUGAAGCAUUUUUUGGGAAAACCAAUGAGCAGGUGGUUGAUGUGUGUAAAAAUAGCAGCAGUCCCUAUGCUGGCCUUUUCCCUGAAGAUAAUUCAACUCUGGCUGUGGAUAUCUACAAAGGGGGUGUUGUGCUGGGAUGUUACUUCGGGCCUGCUGCACUCUACAUCUGGGCAGUGGGGAUCUUGGCUGCUGGACAGAGCUCCACCAUGACAGGAACCUAUUCUGGUCAGUUUGUCAUGGAGGGAUUCCUAAACCUAAAAUGGUCACGUUUUGCUCGAGUGAUUCUGACACGCUCUAUUGCUAUCAUCCCCACUCUGCUUGUUGCUGUCUUCCAAGAUGUAGAGCAUCUAACAGGGAUGAAUGACUUCCUGAAUGUUCUGCAGAGCUUACAGCUUCCUUUUGCUCUCAUACCCAUUCUCACAUUCACAAGCUUGCGGCCAGUAAUGAAUGACUUUUCCAAUGGAAUAGGCUGGAGGAUUGCUGGUGGGAUCUUGGUCCUUAUUGUGUCUUCUAUCAACAUGUACUUUGUAGUGGUUUAUGUCCAGGAACUAGGGCAUGUGGUGUUGUAUGUCGUGGCGGCUGUGAUCAGUGUGGCUUAUCUGGGGUUUGUGUUCUACUUGGGUUGGCAAUGUUUGAUUGCACUGGGCAUGUCCUUCCUGGACUGUGGUCACACGUACCACCUGGGAUUGACAGCUCAGCCUGAACUCUACCUUCUGAACACCGUGGAUGCUGACUCACUUAUGUCAAGAUGACUAACAGCCUGAGAGACUGUAUAAGAACCAUUUUCUCUAAGCCCUAUUGUGCCAGCUGUCUUAACAUACCUCUGUUAGUUUGGAGGUGAGUUUUGUUCAUUUGAACAAAGGCAAAGAUUUCCUCAUGGGAAUGGGAUUAAAAACUGACAACUAUAAAUUUAGGUCAUCGACCCACCCACCUCACAACAAACAAUAGCCAGAGUUAAAUGAUUACCUGUGCUGGCCACAUACCCCUAUGGGGUGUGUCUUGACUUUUGGGAUUUAAAAAAUAUAUAUCUAUAUAUAUUUAUGUAAACCUGAACAUCAGUUUGGGUAAGAUUUUAAUGUUAUAUAAAACUAAUGGAUAUUUUGUAUUUUUUUUUAAAAAAAAACAUUCUUCAAGUAAAUUACAUCUUUGGAUCACAAGUGAGAAGGGAAAGGAAAUGUUCUUUUUCUCACAAUGAACUGAUCCAAUUGACUGUCUUAUAAAGUGAUACUUUACUAUGCCAGUUACAUUUUACUUUGAUUGUAAUCAGCCACAUUACAUACUUGGUAUCUACUAAUAUUAACCAUCAUUUCUAAAGAAAUCAUUUCUUCUGUUUGGUGAUCUUAUUUAACCCUGGUUACCUGCAUACUUUGUAAUUAGUAUUGUCUUUGUUAUCAUUUUUCUUUAAAUUUUUUAUAGUUAUUAAACCAGAGAUACAAUGUUAUUUGUCAACCUGCUUAAUAUGUAGUAACAAAUUUAGAAACCAUAUUUUAAGUGAUAAUCAAUUGUUUUCCUACACUGUAGUGUAACUCAGCCUAUUCUAGCAUUUGAGUUUUAGAUAGAAAAAGAAGAAACAUAGCAUUUCAUUCUUCUAAGUCCUGACACAACACAAUCAAAGAAUUAAUAUUCUUUCUAAUAUUUGUAUAAUUCUACAAUGUCUUUUCUUUCCACUUUUCCCAUUAAUACUCCAAAUACCAUUUCUAGGUCCAAAGUCUGUUUCUAGGAGUAGCUAAUAUUUAUUUUGUUGAAUGUCCUAGGGAAUGCUAAGCAUUUCAUUAUAAGAUAUUUGUACCAAGAAGUAUGAGAUUACUACUAGACUGGGAUUUGGAAAAUUAGUCUACAUUAUCACAAACUGCCUGUUGACAUGUAGUUAGUAAAUUUUUUUGAUCCCUGAUACUAUUAAUUUUCUUUCUUAAAAUAUUUAUAAUGAAAAAGUUCUUUGAUUUAAAUUUGGGCUAGGGAUAUAGCUCAUUGGUAGAGUGCUUGUCUAGCAUGCACAAAGCCCUGGGUUUGAUUCUAUCCAGCAUGCUUACAUGCAUACAUAUAUAAAUAAAAGUUUUAUAAUUAUCUGAUUGGAGAGUCAGAAGAAAUGCCACACUGGACCCACAUUCCUGCAUGGAAGUGCACUUGGCUAGAACUGAAUGGCAGCUAUCUUUUUUCCAAUGCCAUAUACCCCAGGGUGGCAUAUACCCCAGAUAUCACUCAUUAUUUCCAUCUGAUUUCCAAGGUUGAAUUUGCAAACCCUGCAGCCUUUGUGUGACUUUGAACUUUACUUUCCUCUUCAGCAUUAAAGUGAAAUGUCUGACC